AUGAGUGAAGAGCAUCAAGAGGUUGCUGCUAGUGAGGAAGGACCGGUUCCAGUCCUUAGAUGGGACUUAGGUCUGUUCGAACAGAUCGUUCGAAGUUUUAGGUUUCCACCGGAGUGGGAUGCCCGGUACCCUGCUCAGGGUCAGACCGCGGCUGAUGCCCCACCCGGUUACAUUACUUUGUUCGAAGACUUCUUCCUUCAAGGAAACUUCCGGCUGCCGGCGACUAACUUCUUUGGUAGCAUCUUGUCCUACUACAAGUUUCAUAUCUCACAGUUAAGCCCACCUGGGAUGGUGAGGGUGAGGCACUUUGAGUUCUUGUGUCAAUCCCACGGCAUUGAGCCGACGGUGAAUAAGUUUCGUGUCUUCUAUCAACUGCAAAGAACAAUGGGGUUCUUUUCUUUUGCUAGCCGUGGUACGGCUAAGAAGAUUUUGUUGAAUCCUCCCAAGAGUUUCCAUGACUGGAAACCCAAGUUCCUCUUCAUCCGGGAGGAAGUCUUGCCAAUAGCUAUGCCGUUUAGGGAAUGGACCGAGGUUAUACCAAAGGAGGACCUUCCUAUACCGAAGUCUGCUCAGUGGUAUCAGCGGCUUACCGCAACCCCUAACCGGGUAUUUGGGGAGAAUGUUCUGGUUGCUGCCAAGAUGAGUGACCAGUGGUCACCUAGUAGCAGGGAACUCCCGGUCUUGAAGAUCGGGGAUCAAGAGACGCAACUCUAUCAGGCUGCCUUCCCAGCCUUUGGUGGCUCCAUGGGCGUUCGCCCUCUGCGCGAUGAUGAGGAAGGCUGGUAUGACCAGAUAAAGGGGAACUUCAUGCUUCCUGCUGCUGACGCCUUCGCCUCGCCGCCGGAUGCAACUGAAGGUGCGCACUAUCCUAAACCUCGUCCAUUGCGCUCUGUGACUUCUGCUGGGAAAGAGACUUUCUAUCUUUCCAGCGAGGAGUCAGUAGGGUCUUCGAAUGGCGAGUUAAGUUCGUUGCCUAAAAUCUUUGCAGGUGUGUUGCGCGAUCUGGGGGUUGACCCAGAGGAGAAGAAGAAGAAACCUUCGAAGAAGAAAAAGAAGGCGGAUGUUGAAGUGACCAGCAAGGGUCCUGGCGCCAGUCGCGCAACUACUGCUGCUGUCAAAGGUACGCUUCGCCUCCGGCAACGUGACUUAGACGAUUACGUGAUAAUCAGUGACUCUUAUGAAGGUUUAUCAUAUGCAGCUAUGGGAAAGACUGGCGCUGGUGGGUCAAAGGGCUCUGGGAGCGCGGGUUCUCGUAACCCGGAUGCUGACGCAACUCCAUCUCAUCCUGAGGAUGAAGAAAAAGAGGAAGAAGAGACUGCCCCGUUGAUUGGAAGAAAGAGGGGUAGAAGCGAGGCGACAACUGGUAUGGCCUCUGCGCCUGUUUCAGUUGUUAUUCCCGUUGUUGGGAAGAAGAGCAAGUUGCGCUCGUUAUACCAGUUUUCUCCUGAGAUCAAGAAGAAGACCCCUGAAAAGGGGGUUAAGUUUGUUGAACCCAGCACGAAAAGACCUAAGGUUGCCACUGAACCUUCCGAUUCUGCUGCGCGUGAUGCUGCGAAAACUGCUGAAGCGCAGCAAAAGGCAGAAGAGGAUCGGAGGAAGGAAGAGAGUAGGAUUGCUGCGCAGAAGAAGGCUGAAGAGUUAAAGCGCAAAGAAGAGGAAGAGAAAAAGAGGAAGGAGGAGGAGGAGAGAAAGCUGGAGGCGGAGAGGAAGAGAAAAGCGGAAGAGGAGAGAAAGCUGAGGGAGGAGGCGGAUAGGCAGAGGAAGGCGGAAGAGGCGAGGAAAGAAAGAGCUGCCGAUCAGUCUUCUGUUCAAGGGCAGUCUGGUGUCCCAAAACCUCCCCCCGCUGCGCCGAUUGUUACUUCUAAGGGGUUAGGGCGCUAUGUGUCUAGUGGUGCAAGCUCUGGAGGAGCUGGGGGCUAUAACCCCAAUGUGAUAGGUGCGAAGGAUACCGUCGGGGAUAUAUAUUAUAAAACUUAUACUGAAGAGGAACGUGGUGAUGCUCCUCAUCAAGCCCCUUGGAGCUUAAGGCAGAAGGAUACGUUUGUUGAAUUUGGUCCUUCUCGCGAUUGGUACUUGAACCAAUUCACUCCUGGCGAAGUUAACCGUCAAAAGGCGAAGCCGCAUGAAAUGUUGUACCGCACUUACAUUCUUGCCGAGGCCAACGCUCGAUCUGCUAACCAUCAGAUAGUUCGUGAAUGGCGAACAAUGGUCAGAGAGCGCGCCGACUGGGAGGCUUACCGAGAACGUGUGCUAAAACGUGUUGGUGAAUUUGAGAAGGCUAAGGCCACAUUUGAUGAGGAGAAAGCCAAGUUUGAGGCUGAUAGGAAAGCUGAAGAGUGGGGUCGCGAGGGCCUGCAAAAGAAACUUCAUAAUGUGGAAGAGCAACUGGCCAAGGAGAAGGCCGAGUUCAAGCGCAUCUGCGCCCAGGACAACGAGCGCGCCUAUGCGGCUCGACAAAAAAUUGUUGGUCUUGAGGCUAAGAUAGCGGAGCUGACAUCGAAGGUGGAGGAAGCGCAGGUUGAGACAGCCGCUAAACAACAGAUGGAGGUUGAGUUGUCUGAAGCUAAGGUUCAGCUGUCCACCAAGGACAAAGAUCUCCAGGCCAAGGACGUUGAGAUUGCGGAGCUCAAACGUCGCUUGGAUGAACAAAUCGACAGAUGUGAGUCCCUGGAGAUCGACCUUGAGGCAGAGAAGGUCAAGGCCAUCGAUGCUGAGGAGGCGCGUGCUGUCAGCACUGCGGCGCUUAACGUGGCUCAGACAAAUUAUUCUGAGGCCCAAGGCAUUGUGGACACGCUUGUUUCUGAAGCAGAAUGGAUGCGCACUCGGGGAAUAGUGCUGGUUGCCAAUUCCAUCUUGAACGCCGGCGAGCUAGAUCGCGCUGUUGCUGCUCUUACGGAUGCGGCGCGUGCAGUUGGUCAUCGAGGAGGUUACCUGGAGUGUGCUGAUCAUGUUGAGCGAAUGCUGGGACAAGAAUUCGAUACAAGUCAUUGCUCAGUGACGGAACAAGCUGAUGCUGCGCUGGCCAGUGCUGAGAACUCAUAUGACAACCUCUCCUUGCCCAUCAUGGACUUGGUUGUUAGUGCCUUAAAAAAGGAUGAUUGGUGUCAGCGCCUCAAGGCGAUCCUUGAUCCACCGAUUACUGUUGAAUCAUCUGAUGAGGAAGCAGCUGGUGAUGAUGGCGGAGGUGAUGACGAUGGCGACGAUGGUGAGGGGAACGAAGAUGAUGAUGGUGAGAAGAACGAAGACAAAUAG